AUCUUAUCAACAAAACAAAGCUGCAACCUUUGCUUCGCAGCCAACCAGCAGACUCAGAAAACAAUGGCAGCUGUUGAAGCAGUAGCAGCACUUUCCUUUUCAUGUUUCCCUUCUUCUUCUUCUUCUUCUUCGUCUAAGUUUCUCUUAUUUGCCAAACCCACAACGCUCUCUUCUUUAACUUUCAGCAUUCCCAAGCCCACUCCUUUGCUUUCUCGCAAUAUCUCCAUUUCGCCUUUAAUCGGCACCCAAAAGAAGAAAGGUUGUCUUCACUGCUCUACACUACAAGAGGUGGGUUUAGAAGCUGAAACAGAUAAAUCCCAGGAAGGAAAUGCGAGGAGAAAGCUUUUUGUGUUGAAUUUGCCUUGGUCUUACACCGUUGCUGAUAUCAAAGACCUCUUUGGCCGAUGUGGGAAUGUUAAAGAUGUUGAGAUUAUAAAGCAAAAAGAUGGGAGAAAUAGGAACUUUGCUUUUGUGACAAUGGCUUCUGGUGAAGAAGCUCAGGCUGCUGUUGAUAAACUCGAUUCUAAUGAGGUGUCGGGGAGAAUUAUUAGAGUAGAGUUCGCAAGGAGAUUCAAGAGACCUGCACCACCUUCUCCACAGCCAACCGUUCCUGCUCGUGAGACACGUCAUAAGCUUUUUGUGUCGAAUCUUGCUUGGAAAGUUAGGUCGAGUCACCUGCGAGAGUUUUUCUCUCCCUUUAACCUAGUUUCAGCUAGGGUUGUUUUUGCUACCCCUACGGGACAGUCUUCCGGUUUUGGCUUCGUUUCCUUUGCCACAAAGGAGGAAGCUGAUGCCGCACUUUCUACCCUAAAUGAAAAGGAAUUGAUGGAUCGGCCGAUACGUUUAAAAUUCAGCGAGAGGAAAGAUGAUGAGUCCGGAGGCGAAACGAAAGAGGAAAAGGAGGAGGCUGAUGGCCAAAACGAAGAGUCUUAGAAUCUUCAAUUGGGCCUCAUCUUUCCAUCUUUCUCAGAACAGUGUACAAAUGAGACUAGAGUCAGAAAGUUUUGUCACAUGCCUAUACAAUUGGCCUUUCAAAAUGGUC